AUGGUGACCUCGUUCCCACGCUGCCGCAGGGCUCGGACCCCGUUGGCCAAGCGUCUGCGGCAGUUCCUGAAGGAGUGGCCGUUGCAACUGCAGAGCUGCCCACGAGGACCUGAACGAUCCAUCACCGUGGGGAAGUUGCAGGACUUCUUGCAGCCGCCCGUCACGAAAAACCUCCGAGGUUUGGUUGUGCUAACGUUUUUUGAUACUUUCAUCAAGGAGCGUAGCAUGUACUACGUCUGUGGCAACAUCAUCAAGCCACUCACCGAACCGUUCCAACUUUCCUGGGCGGAAAUGGUGGGUCCCGACCCCAUGGAGUGGUUCGUCAGUCACUACUGGGGCAUGGCAGCCCGACAUUUAGGCGAAGCCAUUCGCAAACAUGCACAGUCUGCAUCGUCAACUGACUGGCGAGACACGGCCUAUUGGAUUUGCACCUUUAGCAACAGCCAGUGGGAUGUGAAAGCUGAGUUGGGCAAUGGACAAUGGCAGGAGUCUUCUUUCUACAAGGCUCUGCAAAGCCCAAGGUGCAAAGGCACCGCCAUGAUCAUCGAUGAGCAGGUCUGGCCGCUGCAGCGCAUUUGGUGCCUCUUCGAAGUCUAUCACACCAUCCGCCUGACUGCCACUGGACACUUCCAAGGUUUGAGGCUUUGCACCUCCACCGGUGUGCUGCAGGAGGGCCAGGCCGGCACUGACGUGGCCGUGGCCGUGGCCCGCACCGCGGCCAACUUGGACACGCGCGGGGCCAAGGCGACGUCUGAAGGCGACAGGCAGAUGAUCCAUGCCUUGAUCGAGGCCAUGCCUGGUGGAUUUGCUGCCAUGAACAGUUUUGUGCGUGAGACGAUUUGCCUUGCUCUCGAAGCAUCGAAUAUUCACUACGAGAAGACUUUCAAGACCUUAGUUGCUGAGUUGACUGCUAGCAUUGCCAAAGAUGAGGAUGAGCGCGCACCGCUUCCAACACUUCUCACCAGUGUCCGGGAGCAAGGUGGCAAGGCAUUCAGUCGCCCAGCAGGGAAGUUGCAGUGUCCCUUGCGUCUCGUGCAAUUGAGGGGAAAGUCAGAGUUCUCAAUCACGAUCACUUCUUCUCAUAUGCAAAGGUUGCUGGUGCCGAAAGACGAUGCUUUGAUUCAAAUGAUUCAACAACACCCGGAUGCCCGUGGUGUCAUUCAGAAGAUAGAGUUGACAGGCCGAACAGGCCUCAGGUUGCGCGCUUGUCGUGUGAUCUUGGGAAGCACAUCAGAGAAAACCAACAUAGACAAGGCAAUUAAAGCCGCAGAGGCAACAAACGAACUGCACAAGCAGCAGAUGUUCACCACUGUGCGUUCGUUUUCAAGCCUAAAGAAUGAAGUGAUCCCUCGCGCUCGAAGUCUCUCAAAGAAAAUUGCCAAGGAGAGAGCAGAGAGAUCUUCCAUACAAGACUACUUCAUGUCAAUGUGUUCUGACAGCAAGGAAGAUGUGCGUCGCUGUGAGAAGUAUAAGAGGGAGAUAAGAGGUCUGAUGUCUGCACUGGAGUUGAAAGGUGCGGACAUGCCGCCUGCUGGAGCUAUUGAAAAAGCGAGCAAAGAGGCAGAAGAACUCUUCAAGCUCCUCAUGAGCAAAUGUUUACCCCAGGCCCUCAGUCGACAGCUACAUGACAACACCACUAAGUUAGACGAUGCAAAGAAAUUGCUGGAUGAGAAAGUGAAGGAGUCUCACCAGAUCCGGGAAGGGCAGCAUGAAGUGAAAGCAGGCAUGGAAGCUUUAAGGCAGAGAGAAGAGCAGCUCAAGAGGAAGGAAGAAGAAGCCAAAGCGGAACUCUGCAAAUUACAAGCCCAGCUGAAGGAAAUUGAGAAACGGCUGCGAGACUACACCUUCAGGAAGUACGGCUGUUGGGUUGAGGCAUGGAGAAGGGAUGUGGAGUUGGCUGAGACAGAGAAAGCCGAGAAACUGAAUCAGAUCGGACAGUGCGAGAAAAAAAAUCAGGAAAUCCAAAAGGACAUCCAGGACUUGAUUGCAACAAAGGAUGGUGAGACAGCAAUCACCGCGGCAGAUUCCGAAAAGAUCCAGGGUCGAUUGAAGGUCGCUGAGCAGAAGGUGGAAGAAGCGAUGAAAGAAGUGAAGACAUGUGAAGAGAAUUUGAAGACAACCAACUCUGAGAUUUUACAAGAGUGCAAGAAACUUGGUGCCUCCGAUCUAGAGGAGGCAAAGAUGCUGCAAUUUAUGGCCCAAGUGCUUGAAGUCGACAUGGAGCUUGGAAGAGGGCUUGACCAAUCUACCCCGGGUGAAAGCGCUAUCCAGCAAGCCCAGGAAAAAGUCAACCGAUUGCUGGAGGAGACAACAGAGGCAACAAAAGACAAGGAGAUACAGGAGGGCUUGGACAGUUUCUUGGAAAAUUUUCCAAACGACAAUGAUGCGCUACGCCCUGAAGACGGCGCAAUGGCAGCGUACUUGAACCUUUGUCCACUGAUCGACCGUGGAGAGAUGGUAUACGUCUUGAGCAAUAGCUUUAGUGGACGCCAAGGCACUUGUUUGCCCAAUGGGGUCAUCCCGGAGCUGCGUAAAAAUCUGACCAAUGCACAGGGAGAAUCAUUUCCUGUGGGCGUGAUUUUGCAGCCCUACGCCUCAGCCAGAUUGGCGCAUGAAGUUCUGGCUGUUCUGAUCACGGAGGUGCUUGGGUACAACUUGCGGAGCGACCCGAAUGUUCCACCAUCAUCCGUCGACAUGCUGUAUGCCAUGGUGGGUUGUAAGACGUGGUUCAAUAAGGACGAUCGCGGAUGUGAGGUGCGCAAGAUCGAACUGCACUUGGCCGUCGAAAGUUGGCAUCUCUCAUACCCCAACUCAGUGGAAAGCGUGCGGCAGACCUACCAGGCAGAGAUGCCACUCAGUGCUGAUAUGGGCUAUAUGGGCGACACCGGCCAGUACAUCUCCGCAAAUGCGGUUGAGGCAGAGGCGGCCCAAAGCACAAGAGGCUUGGCACUGGAGUACCACAAGAGUUAUGAUCCAAAGUGGCAUAAGGCAUUGGACUUCUUCGACAACAUCUCUGUGGCCAAUACAUCCUAUUUCUUUAAAUGUGAAGAGAGCCAGUUGAGCAGUAACGAGACCAUGUUUGCCUAUUUGAAGUGGACAGGUGAUGAUGGAGGAGUGGUUGUCGUCAACAAUCAUUUCAAGGCGUUUUGUCCUGAUGAGCAUUUUUGGAGAGCGCCAGUUUGCCGACAUGAUCCUACGCAAUGCAUUCUCUAUGUCACCGGAGGUGAUGGGUGGAAUCUGGAUGUCAUGCAACGAACUGCGGCGUAUUCCAUCCCGCUGGGAGUCGGCGUGGCGAAUUCAUGGGACAACUACUUGCUGGUACCCAAAACCUACAAGACGAUGUUUUUCUCCUGGACGCCGGAUGAUUCUCUUCUGGACUUGAACCCAGUGAAUGUGAUCUACCCACCAUACAAUGCCUAUGCCCAUUCCCAGGGAGAUCUUUCCACAGCCAGUAGUCGAACACCCCUUGCCAAGAUGACCAGUUAUGACUUAGGCUACCUCGCUCCCGACCUCUUCAAGCUAUUGGAGAAGAGUGCAUUUGACAUCGAUCUCAUCUACAGUUUGAUGCGAACAAAGCAGGAAACUGGGGCAACUCCAGAAGAAGUGGCCUGCAACUGGUUAAAGAAGAAUGAAGCCCGCUGGUCUCAAUGGAUCCCUGAUCCCACACUUUGCAUCCGUGGCUUUGGUCUCUACGACGCAACCACGGAGACUUUCUCUUCAAGCCGCCAGGCAGCCACCACUUGUAAGGCAUGCCUUCCCGGCACGUACUCCAAGCUUUUCACAGACGAUCACGAUAGUAGCACCUAUGUGUGCGAAGAAUGUCCUGCAGGCAGGCAACAGCCAGCUGCUGGCGAAGUCAGCUGUGACCUUUGUCCAGCAGGAACCUCCAAGGCUCUGACGUCCACUGAAGAUUGCGCACCAUGUCGAGCAGGCUAUUACCAGAAUGAUUGGGGGGCAGAGACCUGCAAGAAAUGCCCAGAAGGUACCACUACGGUCCUUUUGAGAGCCACACAAGUAUCGGAUUGUGUUUGCAUGGAGGGCACCAUUGAUAUCUCGACUUCUGGCACCACGCACUGCGUGCCUUGCACAGAAGGACUGACGUGCCCAGACGGAAGUAGCGUAGAAAAGUUGAAAAGUGGCAGCACUGAGGACGAGAAGACUCCCGAAAUCGUAUCUGGCUAUUUCAGUUGGGCGGAAGACCCGACAGAGGUGUUCAAAUGCCCCGGGACACAUUGUCCUGGGCGACGCCCCGGGACAUGUGAAGGUGGACGCUUGGGUCCGACAUGCGAUGAAUGUGGAGCUGGGAUGUAUUGGGCAGAUGAUGAAUGCCGAAUCUGUGAAGUUUCCAUGGUGGCUGCCUGGAUUGCAGGUCCCAUUUUGGUGUUGCUGGCAAUGGUUGUAGCAUACUAUGUGACAGACGAUAAGUACACAGCCCGAGCUUCACUUGGUGAAUGUGCAAGCAUCGGCACAGACAUGAUGGUGGCCUUUGUUCAACAGCUGGGCAUUCUUAGUGCAGUGUCAGUUCCUUGGCCUGCGACACUGAAAAAUCUCUUCGAGUUCUCCUCAGUCUUCGUUCUAAACCUGCAAUCUUUGGGCUUCAGCUGUGCCUCAAGUCACGGCGUGCAGCAGUAUGUCCUGUCCGCCUUGUUUUUCAUCGCAGUUGUCACAACUUUGCCUUGCCUCGGAUAUCUCACGCAGUUUUGCUCCUGCAUGAGGCAUCGGGGAUUGAACUGGGACUUCUACAAGACCGUUUGUGUCACUGGAAAGUUCCUUCAGUCCGGCUUCACCACAAUGUGCAACAUUGGUUUGGUCCCAUUCAUGUGUUUUCUUCACCCGAAUGGUCGUCGAAGCAUCUUGAAGUACCCUCACACUUUCUGUGGCAGCGAGACCAUGGGAUGA